GCGUUCAGAAGACAUCCGAUUUGGUGGAACCAGACCCCCACCCAUAGACUUAGACUUGGACCCUUCUCCCUUAUCUGGCCUCAAACCGAGGUGCAAGGGGUGGGUGAAUCGUGUGAGGUUACGUGUAGGCCACCAGUCUCACACUCCCGAACAGUAGGUGGCGGUGAUACAUCAUCAUAGACAUCGGUGCAAUGCUAUAACCUCAACAGAAAGAAGAAGAACACCACGCCAGACAAGACGACACGAGAAUAGUCAUUUGCAUGGCCACGCCAGUUUUUCUCUCACCACCUAACCCUCAUUGACACGUCUAAAAUGUCUUCUAAAUGUCAAUCAGAGUCAGAAAACGUUUUUGCUGGACGGGAGUCCAUGGUAAAAGAAGAACUAAACAAAAAGAUUAACGAACAGAAAAUUGUUGUUGAUGAGCUGUACAAUCUAAAGAAAAACAGGAAGGUAUACAGUCAACAGCCUAAUAGCAACAUAUUCUUCUUGGCAGACAGACGACAGUGUCUUUGUUCAUGCAAACAUGAACUGGACAACAUGAAGAAGGAACUAUUGGAUAUAUAGUCAACAUACUCUAGGAAGGAAUUUCAAAGGACAUCAUGUGUGGAAUUUGUUGUGUGGUUAGCUUGUCCCCUACCCAAAUUUUUGUUGAGAAGGAUAUU